GCAGAGCCCAAUGAGGUUCAGGGAGCGUCACCAAAUUCCAUUCUCAGCAGCAGCCGAAACAGCAGCCGCCUGGCGAUCCAAUGACAAGUAGCCGCCGCCGCUGCCAGGCUGCCUUUGUCUCCCGCACUGUUAUUACAUUGUUACCCAGACUGCUGCUCCGGCCCGCACCCCUGCUGUCGCCGCUGCAUCGUGCUCAGGGCAGGCAAUGUAGUGCACUCACUGCUGCCUCUCCCAGCGUGCUCCGUGGCCCAGGCAGCAGCCCCCUCUCUGUGGAGGUCUAAUGCUGCUGCUCUGCUAGAGGGGACAGAGGAGCAGCGGGGGCAGAGGAACACCGAGGAAACCCACUCCCCGUGACUCCUCCUGAGAGCCGUGCAGACAGCUGCUACACCUGGCCGCAGACAUGCCGCUUUUCACAUCCAACCUCUUUGAUCCUGAUGUAGAGAAAGCAACAAGUGAGCUGAACACGGCCGAGGACUGGGGCCUUAUCCUGGACCUCUGUGAUAAAGUUGGACAGUCGCGCACAGGGCCUAAAGAUUGUCUACGUUCCAUUAUGAAGAGAGUCAACCACAAAGACCCCCAUGUAGCAAUGCAGGCGCUUACACUGCUGGGCGCAUGUGUGUCAAACUGUGGGAAGAUAUUUCACUUAGAAGUGUGCUCAAGAGACUUUGCAAGUGAAGUUAGCAGCGUUUUAAAUAAGGGUCACCCAAAAGUCUGUGAAAAGUUAAAAGCGCUGAUGGUGGAGUGGGCUGAGGAAUUCAGGACUGAUCCACAACUUAGUCUAAUUUCAGCCAUGAUAAAGAACCUGAAGGAGCAAGGAGUAAACUUUCCAGCAAUUGGAUCUCAGGCAGCAGAGCAAGCUAAAGCCAGCCCGGCACUGGUCACCAAAGACCCAGGCACAGCAGCCACUAAAAAGGAGGAGGAGGAUCUCGCUAAGGCUAUUGAAUUAUCACUAAAAGAACAGAAACCGCAAAGUACAGUGUCCAGUCUAUACCCAAGCACCAGCUUCUUAACCAAUCACAAGUCAGAGGGGAGGAAGGUGCAGGCCAUCUAUGACUUUGAAGCUGCUGAGGAUAACGAGCUGACGUUUAAAGCCGGUGAAAUAGUCACAGUGCUGGAUGACAGUGAUCCAAACUGGUGGAAAGGGGAGACAAAUGAACGAAUUGGGUUGUUCCCUUCCAAUUUUGUCACAGCAGACCUAACGGCUGAGCCAGAGAUGAUGAAGACCGAAAAGAAAACAGUCCAGUUUAGUGAUGAAGUGCAAGUAGAGACAAUAGAGCCUGAGCCGGAACCAGUGUAUAUCGAUGAGGAUAAAAUGAAUCGGUUACUACAGAUGCUGCAAAGUGCAGAUCCCACCGAUGGCCUACCGGACCCAGCCGAUUUACUUCAUCUUGAAGCUGCUUGUCACCAGAUGGGGCCAAUGAUUGACGAAAAACUUGAAGAUAUUGACAGAAAGCACUCCGAACUUUCAGAGUUAAAUGUCAAAGUUAUGGAGGCACUCUCUCUAUAUACAAAAUUAAUGAAUGAAGAUCCCAUGUAUUCAAUGUAUGCAAAGAUGCAAAACCAGCAGUACUACAUGCCGCCAGCAGGGGCCCCUACGCAGCAGACAUAUCAAGGACAACAUCCGAAUGCCACCUAUCUUGUUAGCGGAAAUACACAGAUGGGCCACAUCCAGGCUUACCCAAUUCCUUCGGAGCAGAUACCCUCUCUACAUCAGGCACCUGUCCCUCAUCCUGCCGCCUCGGAUCACCCCAGCCAGUCACCUCAAGCUUCCUAUAAAACCACAGUAGUUGGCUCCACUGCAGGAAGCUCGUAUAUCAGCCCAGCCCCAGGAUACAGCGCCAGUGCUGCUGCCGUAGAUCUUACUGUUUAUCAGACUGGUACAAACAUGUCCGGGGUUCCAAGCUAUACACUAACCUCCUCAUCCCUCUCUCCAUCUGCUGCCAACCAAGAUCAACAACAGAGUUACUCCCAGCAGAAAGCUCUACUAUAGAUCCUAUAAUCCUGGACUUUAUAUAUUAGCUGUAGCACCUAUAUAAUACCUGUAAUGUGACCACUUCCAUUAUUAAACCAUGCCUUUUUAAUUUCUAUUUCACCAUUAGCCAACUAUUUUCUUAAGCAAAGACCUAGGUUGCACUGAUUUUAAUCCAGUUUAAACUUUGUACGAUACACUACAGGAAACUUACGGGACACAGCAAUUUGCACCAGGCUCGGUUAGGAGGCUUUUCGGAAAAAUUGCCGUUGCACAUAUAAGUGGUGGACAGUCAGUGACGUGUCAUGGUGUUUUUUUCAUGGUGACCGUACAGUUGCACUUAAUAGUGAUACAUUUAUGUAAAUGACAACCUAUAAUCCACAUGUAGCAACGAAUUGCCCGGUCUUGUUAGCGUUGUGUCUUGUGUGCGGAUAUGGUGAACGACUGACCCUUGAAAUAAUUGAUCUUCAAUCAAGUUGCAGCAUAACGUAAAGCUUGUUCUCUACCAUUUAUUUUAUUAACAUCUUUGAACAGUGCAGUGAUAGUUCUAGUAUAUUACUGUAGCUGCCGUCACACAGUGUGGAAUUCAUAGUUGUGAGAAUUGGACCUUUCUAUAUUACGAAGGAGCUUGUGUCUGAGGCAUGGCUUCACUCGCUGAUGACUGAUAACGUUGAACUGGAAAUUCCCUAUUCUAGUUAACAUAUCUUGAAAAAUGUUAAAUAUGGUCCUUUGUAUCUGGUUUUUCCAUACAACCCAUUUUGAGGCACCAGGUCAGAAGUUUUACACCUGAAAGUUUGGAUAAAGUUUGUUGGAAUUAACAAUCUUUGGGGGUCAUUCCGAGUUGAUCGCUAGCUGCAUUCGUUCGUUGUGCAGCGAUGAGGCAAAAAACGGCACUUCUACGCAUGCGGCGCAAUGCGCACACGCGACGUACUAUUACAACGAACAAAGUAGUUUCACACAGGGUCUAGCGAAGCAUUUCAGUCGCACUACUGGCCGCAGAGUGAUUGACAUGAAGUGGGCGUUUCUGGGUGUCAACUGACCGUUUUCAGGGAGUGUACGAAAAAACGCAGGCGUGCCAGGGAAAAUGCAGGCAUGGCUGGCCAAACGCAGGGCGUUUUUGUGACGUCAAAACAGGAACUGAAGUGAUCGCAAGCGCUGAGUAGGUCUGAAGCUACUCUAAAACUGCACAAAAAAACUUUGUAGCCGCACUGCGAUCCUUUCGUUCGUACUUCUUCUAAGCUAAAAUACAAUCCCAGUGGGAGGCGGCUUAGCGUUUGCACGGCUGCUAAAAACUGCUAGCUAGCGAACAACUCGGAAUGACCAUCUUUAUCAGCAUAGUUAGGCUAUGGUAUUUUUUAAACUCUUAAGAUAAAUAAAAAGGGAUAAUUGAAAAAAACUUUUUUUUUCAGGUCCUCAUUUUACAAUAAGUGCAGGUUUUUUUUUUCUCGGAAUCCAUUUUUUUUAUGGCUACAUUUGUACAUAACUAUAAUACACUUGUAUAGAAAUGUUUAGUUUUAGUAUAUAAAUUAUUUUGUUCCUUGAGUACAUUUGCUGAAUCCAGUCUUUAUGUUAUUGCCGGCUUCCGUUUCGUUUCCUGUAUUUUUUGUUGCCAUAUGAAGUCAUCAGAUACACGUGUCCAUACUACGACUACAACACAUAACGCGUAUUAAUAAUAGUGUGAUCAUCUACUGUGGGUUGUUUUGUUAUAAUUGGUGAGUAGUGAUGUCAUCUCACGUAAUGAAUUAUUAGUGACAUCACAUGAGUAUUUGUGUAACACUGCAACGACUCACACAUUAUACAGAAUACCACAUUCCCAAUCGUAGAUUAUAGCUGUGGUAGGAUAUCCUGUGAGUGUUUUUAUGGACACCCGAUUGUCAGCUAUGCAAUAGGGAUGCAGUCCGUUUACCUCCAAUCAAAAUCCCAAUGUUCAAAAUCCCGACACCAAUUGACCGAUGGUCAAAAUCCCGACACCAAUUGACCGAUGGUCAAAAUACCGACAUGGACAAAAUACCGACAAUUAAAAUACCGACAAGGUCAAAAUACCGACAUGUAAAAUGCAGACAGGAGUUUUUCAUGCUUUUUUUCCAUUGAAACCGACUUGUUCAUACUUUACCAUCCCAGUGGACCUGGACGGGGAAUAUAAUAGUGUGCCAAGCGCAGCGAGCCAUGCGAGGGGACGCGGUACACUUUAUAUGGUGUCCAUGUUGACUUAUGUCGACAUACACAAAAAACAACAAAAACACAUGUCGGUAUUUUGACCUGUCGGCAUUUUGCAUGUCGGGAUUUUGACCUUGUCGGUAUUUUAAAUGUCGGUAUUUUGUCCAUGUCGGGAUUUUGACCAUCGGUCAAUUGGUGUCGGGAUUUUGAUUGGAGGUAUAUCACACCGAUCCCAUGCAAUAUAUUCUAUUGGGACCUGCCUCUUUUGGGGUUCAGAGUGGCCCACUGACAUUGGGGUCACAGAUGGAGAAGAGAUUGAACACCUGACUUGCAACUGAUAACUGGAAAACCUAUAUUGCUAGUUUUAAAGGGACACUAACCUUCUAGUAUGCUGUAAUUCCGCCUAGUAUAGGUAAAUGUGUUUCCUAUUGAGAGUUUUAUGCUAAUCUGUGCAGGCUAUUGUCUGCUACCUCUACACCUGCUCUUCUGUGUAUUCCUGCAAAUAAAUCAUUAUAGCGUUAUAUCCCCUUUUGAAGUUAAUUUCUCUGCUAUUAAAGCCUUCAUAAUCUAUAGUAAAGGAUAGAUACUACUAUAUACUUUACAUGCCACCUAUAGAAUAAUGCAUUAUAUCAAGUUGCCUAAUGUCUGCACAUGCCCUAUACUGAUAUCGUGCCGCACUGUAAUGUCAGGGCCACAAAAAUAAUAAUGAUAAUGGAAAGAUUAAAUAAAAAUAUAUAUAUGGUCAAUUUGCUAAAAAAAACAAAGAAAUCCGUACUCUUAAUACGAGAUGAUCCUUUUGAGGAAUCGCACACAAAUGCUUUUUGAAGCAUUCCUAUUGCCUCCGCAUGGUGCAGACGUCAUCUUGGGCGGGAUGUACUAAGCGCAAAAUGCGCUAAACCCCCAUUUGCAGCAUUUUCCUAAUGUACUAACCCCCGGCCGGCAUGUCAGCGCCGUGGAGGGGUUCGCCAGCUUUUGCUGUCAAUACCCCAUAGAAGCCUAUGGGCUUCUUUCCGCAGCGCUGUAUGAGGGAUCCAAUCGGAUCCCUCCCAGCAUGCCCCACGGCCACCCCCGCCAUUCUGCAGAUGCCCAGAAUGACACGGGGUCGAAACCCGGAAGUCAGGGAUCGCGAAGGACAGCUGUUAUCGGAAGAGCUAUCCUUUGCAAUGCUAAGCGCAUAUGUAAGUACAUAUGCACUUUAGUAUCGUGGCGAUCAGCGGCGAUGUCGCAUAGUACAUCCUGCCCCUUGUGAGUUGGACUAAUAUUGAGGAGACUCAGCCUUUGUCAUGAGCUUCAAUGGAAUUGAUAGGCUGAUUACAGCCGAUAUGGCUGCCUGCCCCCGUACAUACAGAUGUAGCCAUCUUACUGCCAUGCAGAUUCAUUCAUCCUUCUAAGAAUGAAUGGAACGAUCACCGGCUGCGAUUAGUCCCUGGCACGCCAUACAGCAAGCGUAUUGCAGGAAGAUGAGCAUGGCGGCAUCUGUAUUGUAUAUAUCUGAGUGAUAAUAUACAAACACAAUUCAAGUGUGACUUCUCCAGGUGGACUGUGGAAUAAAAAUAAACCCCAUUAGUUUACCCUGAAUUAUGUGACAAAUUAUUAUACAUUGUUCAUUUCUCACUAGAAUGAGUAUAUGUUUAGGAGAGGUUUGCAAUAUGUAGUAUUCAAUUAUUUAUAAAUGAAGUACAAAAAAUGUUUGUAGAUAAUGCAUGGUAAUACCGAUAAAUAAAGACUUGUGUAUUUUUUUUUGGUAUUUUUAGUUUGCCCUUCGUUUUAAGAAUGAAUUAAACAUUUUGUUUCCAUCUCUGUAUUAUAUGUUGCAAUCUGCUUUCUGAAUGUCCUUUUUUAUGUUGAAAUAAACCAGAGUACCUAAAGAA